AACGACGCGCCGAAACGAGAAGUUGUUGCCUUUUUCCGUGUCUAGUUACCUGUUUUCGUUUGUGGAACUGUCAAAAUUGCUUGUCGCCCUGUGGACUACAGUUUUGUCAUUACAUUUGCAUUGUUCGUUCGGAGCAGUUGUGCUUCUGCUUGAAAAAUAAAAAAAAAAUAUUUGGUUUUCUGUUUAAUCGCAUUUUCGGUCAAAACCCGUUUGUUUCGCGUACAUUGUUUUGUGUGUUGUGCCGUGUUCUGGAAAAGAUCCGUUACUGGAUGACAACAAUGAUAGUGUGAUUGGUCUACGCAUACAUCAAGCAUACAUACACGGGCGCACACAUAUAAACACGCACACAAAUUCGCAAUGGACACGCGCAGCUGGCGCAAGGUCCUACUCCAGUGGAUUGGCAAGUGCCAGUUCAUCGAGCCGAACUACAUUAGCUUGGAGCAGUCGGACCUGGACUCCUUCUUUUCGGUCUUCAUUCGAAAGAUCCAGGAGACGCAAUCUGACAAGGGGAAGAAGGAGCUGCAGGAUCAGCCCACAAAACCAAUCCCCCUUGUGCAGGAAUUCCUAGCACAUAACUAUCCCGAGUUCAUUGUCCAUCAAGAUGGCAAGGAGCAGCCUUUGGAUUGCCUUUACGUUUACACGCUCUUGUUGCAUUAUUCGUGCGUGAAGAAGCCCAGCUUGUUCUUUCACAACAUCUGCAAUAGUCUGCCGGAGCUGACGCAGACAUGCAUCGCAUCCUUCUUUGGAGAGACCGUUGACAGGCUGUUGACGCGCGAAUAUCUAAGCCAGUCGAUCGCCAACGUGGCAAUUAUUUACCAACAGGGCACUCAGACCUCAGUCAGCCCAUGUCUUCCCAGCAGCAGCUUGAGUCCCGAUCCGAGAAGCGAUGAUGCACAGUGUCCAUCCACGCCCUCAUCGUCAUCGUCACAGCCGUCGAGCAGCACGCCACAGUUGCACAAUCAUCGCGAACGCCUUCGCCUACAGAUGUCCGGCUCCGAAAUGCCACCUCCUUCGACCCCGAAAACGGAGCUACUGGAGCAACGCACCAAGGAGCUGCGCGGUAUUCGUGCCCAACUGGAGGUGGUGCGCUACGAGAAGACCGUGCUGGAGGAGCAGCAAUUGGAGAAGGACGAGCUUAUUAAAGUUCUCAGCAAAGAGAAAAUGAUGGCCAAGAUGGAACUGGAAAGACUGAAGAACGUAAAGCUAAACGAAGAGCCGCAUGAUAACGAGAGCCACAUCAUGCCAUAUGAGUUCGAACAUAUGAAGGGAAGCCUUUUAAAGGAAAUCGGUCUAAAGGAAAAUCUCAUCGCUGAGAUUACCGAUAAGCUGCAUGAUUUGCGUGUCGAAAAGUCCGAGCUGUUGGAGAAGCUGAAUCUGGCAGGAAAACAAUUGCUGGAGUAUACGGACCGCGUCCGAUUGCUAGAAAGCCGUGUAGAAGACUUGACUCGUAGCGUAUCGUCCAGGGACAAUAGGAUAUUCUUUCUGGAGCUCGAUAACCAGGAAUUGGAUCAGUGUCUUAAAGAAGCCCGUGACGAGUUGAAGAGCCGACGCGAGGUCUUAAACGCAUCCUCGGAUUUGCUAGACUGUUCGCUGUCGCCGAACACCACGCCCGAGAAUUUGGCCAGUUCUGUGAUUGACAAGCAGUUGCGCGAGAAGGAGCAUGAGAAUGCCGAGCUAAAGGAGAAGCUGCUGUAUUUGCACACUUCACAGCGGGAGCUAUGCCAGGCCCUUUCAAGUUUCCUCCAGAAGCACAAUAUCGAUCACGAGUUUCCGGUGGAAUGGACGUCGUCGUCCCUGUUGUCUGCGAUCGAAAGCACCUUUGUUAAUACGGUGGAGAAGAGUACGCAAAUGAAGAAGGAAUGCGACGUUCAGGCUGUGUGCGCCGAAAAACUACUGGAGAAAUGCAAGCUGUUAUAUCGAUCGCUGGGGUGCCAGCCACAAGAGCUAGAUGCGUUCAAGGCCACAAUGGCGGAGCCGAUGGAGUCGGCUUUCGAAUCGAGCCGUGAAUGUGAAACCAUUCUGGGUUGUUGUCAUAUGAGGGCAGUCGAUAUAGCAUUGAAAAACCACCACCUGGAGUUAGACAACGAAAGGCUUAAUGAAAAAUGCGCUGAGCUUAAAUCAAUAAUUGAUCGCGGGAAUCAACACCUGGCCGAUAUCAAUCUGCAGCUAACCGAGAAGGAAAAGCAGAUAAAAGAUGUGGGCGCUGAAAUCCAGGAGCUGCGCAAAAGGAAUAUAAACCUUGAAAAUAUGCUCAGCCAAAUCGCAGAUAAGGAGGCCAGUGCAGCAAGCCUUGCACAGCAGUUGCAGCAGUGCGGCAAGCUUAUGAGAGCCAAGUAUGAAGUGUGCCGAAAUGAACUAAUUGCUAAGAACGCGGCCCAAGAUGAGUUGGUCAGGAUGAUGGUGGUGCCAGACUGGGAGACCUUGCAUGGGCGCGUACGCCAGCUGAUCGAUCUGGAGAGGAGGCAUGUUGAACUUAACGGGAUGCAUGGAGGGAUGUUGAAGGAAUUGGAUGAGCUCAGCGCUAAACAUGACAAACUGACGCAUUCCCAUGUAGAGUUUGUAAAGAGAACAGAGAUCGAAUUGGAAAGGAAGAAUGCACAGCUAAUGGCAUUCGAAGAGCAUAACAAUCAUUUCGAUUGUUUUCUGACCCGCAUCUUUACUCUCUUAAGAAGUAGAAACGGUCUGAAAUCCACGACUAUGUGCUCAGCGAACACCUCCAUGGAAUCGAUGCGUAUUGAACAGCGGUUUAAGAAUAUUGAAAAGUUAAUUGAGGGGCAAUUGCUUUCGGCUGAUACUCUUAAGAAGGAGUUGGACGAUCUUCGGACGAAAAAUGAAGAGCUCGCUACGGAGAACAUCAAUGGAAUAAUAAAGCGCAAGAAAUUCGUGGAUUCUCUGGAGGUCAACACCGAAAAAGUCAAGCAAUACAUAACAGAUCUAGAGAAAGAAGCUUUCAGCAAAAACGAAAAGGUAGCCCAGCUGGAAAAUACUCUAAGCGAGGAGCAAAACAAUGCAAGACAAGUGGCACAGAGGUUAGACAUGGCGCAGCAGGAAGUAAAUGACUACUAUGUGGAAGCCACUAGGUUUAUAAACACCGUUAUGGAUCGCAUUCAUGAAGAUUUCAAUGGCGAAAACCACCCCCAGACGCUGGGCAAUUGUAUGACCAAAUUUUUACGAAUUUUUGACCAGAUGGAGGUGUGGUACGAGGACUCUUCGUCGUUGGUAGAAAAACUCCUGAAAACUAGGGAUGAAUUAAAAAAGAAACUGAAGUCAUCUGAUGAGAAAAUGGCCAAGGUGAUGGAAACGUAUGAAGAACAGAUUAAAGCCCUUCAAGCUGAAUGUGACAUGGAGGCAAAGAAGAACGAGCAUUUGGAGGUGAAUCGGAAUGCAGUAAUGGAUACUAAAGAUCGGCGUUGCCAGAAAUUUGAUAAACAGGACAGCUCCACGGAUGAGCUAUUUAGUGUUCAGGGUAAGCUUCAGAAGGAACAGGAAAUUACGGCUCAGCUCAAAGAGGACACACUCGAAAAACUGCAGGCAAAGCUGCAGGAAGGACAGCAGCUUGUAGAUAGCCAGAAAGUGGAACUGGACAAGGAGCGCAAAGAACUGGCUCAGGUUAAGACUGCGUUUGAGGCACAGACCAAACUAUCAGAUGAUUUGCAGCGUGAAAAGGAAUCUGCCCAGCAGCUUGUAGAUAACCUGAAAGUGGAGCUGGACAAGGGGCAGAAAGAACUGGCUCAGGUUAAGACUGCGUUUGAGGCACAGACCAAACUAUCAGAUGAUUUGCAGCGUGAAAAGGAAUCUGCCCAGCAGCUUGUAGAUAACCUAAAAGCGGAGCUGGACAAGGAGCGCAAAGAACUGGCUCAUGUUAAGCCUGCGUUUGAGGCACAGACCAAACUAUCAGAUGAUUUGCAGCGUGAAAAGGAAUCUGCCCAGCAGCUUGUAGAUAACCUGAAAGUGGAGCUGGACAAGGGGCAGAAAGAACUGGCUCAGGUUAAGACUGCGUUUGAGGCACAGACCAAACUAUCAGAUGAUUUGCAGCGUGAAAAGGAAUCUGCCCAGCAGCUUGUAGAUAACCUGAAAGUGGAGCUGGACAAGGGGCAGAAAGAACUGGCUCAGGUUAAGACUGCGUUUGAGGCACAGACCAAACUAUCAGAUGAUUUGCAGCGUGAAAAGGAAUCUGCCCAGCAGCUUGUAGAUAACCUGAAAGUGGAGCUGGACAAGGGGCAGAAAGAACUGGCUCAGGUUAAGACUGCGUUUGAGGCACAGACCAAACUAUCAGAUGAUUUGCAGCGUGAAAAGGAAUCUGCCCAGCAGCUUGUAGAUAACCUGAAAGUGGAGCUGGACAAGGGGCAGAAAGAACUGGCUCAUGUUAAGCCUGCGUUUGAGGCACAGACCAAACUAUCAGAUGAUUUGCAGCGUGAAAAGGAAUCUGCCCAGCAGCUUGUAGAUAACCUGAAAGUGGAGCUGGACAAGGGGCAGAAAGAACUGGCUCAGGUUAAGACUGCGUUUGAGGCACAGACCAAACUAUCAGAUGAUUUGCAGCGUGAAAAGGAAUCUGCCCAGCAGCUUGUAGAUAACCUGAAAGUGGAGCUGGACAAGGGGCAGAAAGAACUGGCUCAGGUUAAGACUGCGUUUGAGGCACAGACCAAACUAUCAGAUGAUUUGCAGCGUGAAAAGGAAUCUGCCCAGCAGCUUGUAGAUAACCUGAAAGUGGAGCUGGACAAGGAGCGCAAAGAACUGGCUCAUGUUAAGCCUGCGUUUGAGGCACAGACCAAACUAUCAGAUGAUUUGCAGCGUGAAAAGGAAUCUGCCCAGCAGCUUGUAGAUAACCUAAAAGCGGAGCUGGACAAGGAGCGCAAAGAACUGGCUCAUGUUAAGCCUGCCUUUGAGGCACAGAUCAAACUAUCAGAUGAUUUGCAGCGUGAAAAGGAAUCUGCCCAGCAGCUUGUAGAUAACCUGAAAGUGGAGCUGGACAAGGGGCAGAAAGAACUGGCUCAGGUUAAGACUGCGUUUGAGGCACAGACCAAACUAUCAGAUGAUUUGCAGCGUGAAAAGGAAUCUGCCCAGCAGCUUGUAGAUAACCUAAAAGCGGAGCUGGACAAGAACCGGACGGAACUGGCUCAGGUUAAUUCGACCUUGCAGCGUGAAAAGGAAUCUGCACAGCGAGAGAUCUUCCUGGUCAAGGAGCGAUUGGGGAAGGAAAAGCGUGAGUUCGAGGUGGAAUUGGCCACCCUUGAAGACAUGAUCGAAACAUUGGAGGAGGGCCGUACUCAGAUGGAAGCGGAGCGUGCGGCUGCCUACGAACGAAUCAAUCAGUUGGAGGCCCGUUGCCAAGAAAAUAAUAACGCGAACAGUGAAUUGCAAGUGCAAACCUUUAAGCUCGAGUGCUUGCAGCAUCAGCUAAAAUCCGAGGUGGGUAGCUGCAACUCGUUGGUGGAAGACCUUAACCGAAAGCUGGCAGAUAAUGUCAGUAAGUUGGAUGACGUGCAGAGUCGCCUGAAGACUGAAAUCGACGAGCAUAACCAGGUCAAGGAACAAUUAGCCCACAUCGCCGAUAUACCUGAGGUAGUCGAACUGCGGAAUCGCUUGGAAGCGGUGACUGCCCAGCGUGAAGAGGCCCAGGAAAAACUGGCUGUGGUCACCGGCCUUUUAGACAGAGCUGACCAGGAGAAACUCAAGAUGGAGGAGAAGGCUAGUGAAGUUGGGAGUAAAAAUGCCGAGUUGUUGGAACUCGUCGAAUUCUAUAGGUAUCGUGUGGAAGCUAUUGAACGGCUGCUUCUCGCUUCCAACCAAGAGUUGGAAGAACUAAAAACCAACCAGCCGGAGGGUGCGAGAGAUCUUGGCGACACAUACAGCACAUCUGAUGGACGCCAAACGGAGACGGAUCAGGAUAAGGAGAGAAACAACAAGCUAGCGCUAGACUGCAAGAUAUUGCAGGCCAAGUAUCGCGAUGCCAAGGAUGAGAUUAAGCGCUGCGAGAAGAAGAUAAAGGACCAGCGUCUUGAGAUGGAGGGAAAGCUGGAAAAGAUGAAAAACAAGAUGCGUUCCUUGUAUACGGCGGAGGUGACGCGCAUGAAGGAGAAGCAGGAACGGGAUGCGGCCAAAAGCGCGUCGGAGCUGGAGGCACUCACCGCCCAGAAUGCCAAAUACGAAGAGCAUACACGCAAGCUGUCCACCCAGAUUGUUCGGUUGAACGAGAAGAUACUGGAGCAGCAGAAGCAGCAUGCGAUCAUUAGCACCAAACUUCGUCACCUGCAGGUGCAGCCCAUCAUCAGCGAAACGAAAACAUCCAGCACAACGCUCACCGUUUCGUCCAGUUCGUCGGCGCCGAACGAUGACUGGCAGCCCUUCAAGCGGCCCAAUGUACCGUCCUCCAAUCUGGCUAUGGAAGAUGAAGAGGGCGAGGUCUUUAACAACACUUACCUGACGGAUCUCAAAUUGGGCCGUGUGCCGGCAGACAUGACAGCCGAGGAGCUUAUUUAUCGGAAUUCGUUGCAACCGCCGCAUCUGAAGAGCACUUAUGCUGCCCAGUAUGAUUUGGGCAGCCAGGACGAAGAUAUCAAAGACGGACCCCACAGUCUGGAUGACAGCAUGAGUGCUUUGCUGAGCUCAUCGAGCACCGGAACGCGCAAGAAAUCCAUGGGCACCCACUACAAACGACCUGGACCGCCUACACCGAGCAAGAACGGCGGUCGUUUGUCGUUCGGUAGUUCGGAGCCGCCACGCGAGAUUCUUCGUGAAUUCGGCGACCAUAACAAUACCUCCAAGACGCCGGCGCGCUUCAAGUUCCUGACUCAACGAUUCAGCGUUGGCAGCAGCGGUUUACCCCGGGACGAGCUGCCGCGGCGCAAGCGGCCGAAUCUUCUGACCGGAAUACACCGGCGUAGGCUGCGUCAUGCGGUGGACAUAUUUUGUACAUCAACGCCCCGCAAAAGCCGCUCCUACUACGAUCAGCAGCGUCUGAUCGGCGCCAGUGAUGCGGAGAAAUCAGAGGCUGUUGAAACCGAAGACGAAGUGAUCGAAGUGCAGCCCGAUGCUGUGCCAGAGUUGGAGCCUCUAGAAGACGCCGACCAACAGGGCACUCCGCAUCUGUCCACUGCAGCAUUGUUGGCCCUGACCAAAGGCAACACCCGGCGUCUCACUGGUACAACUAAACCGAAAAAAGGACGCGUUUCACUGUCCAAUCAUGGCAACAUUUUUGCCAAGAGCCGGCCAGCGUCGUUCGUAGCCGGGAAAAGGGUGCAGCUGCGCCGGAAGUUGCGCCGUGAUCGGAUGAUGGGCCGCUUCGAUGAGGCCCGUCACCUGGAUCAGGUGCGCCUAUCACACUCUGUUCAGGCGCCUGAGUCGCCCGAAAAUAACAAUUACAGUCUGCACAAUCGCAAUGAGGAGGAGCACCUGCCCAGUGAGAUCCUGAUGGGCAAAACGGUAGUGCUGGUGGGCAAGAGCCGAGUGAGUCCGGUCGUGUCCACCACCUUCAACGUGGAGGAGCGCAGCGGGACUUCGCUGCUGCAGCAACAAUUUGAGCACGAAAACUGUGUCACCUGGGCAACGCAUGGUAGCGAAAGUGUAAUGAUGGAGGAGACCCAGAACGACUGGUACUUCGAGCAGCUGUGCCAGGAGACGGAAUCCACGGCACCCUUCCAGCUGCAGCCGCUGGACUACAAGCCGCUUGAUGAGGAGCCAGUUGAGCCAAAACUCACACAACUGGUGGCCGCCUCUUGCAGCAAUAUCACAGCGAAUAGCUGUGCCACCAACGUGACCGGCGCCUCAUCCUGUACCGUCUAUUCGAUUGGCAGUGUGCACAUGCAGCCGCUGCCGCAGAUCAAUAUCACCUAUGUCCAGCAACCACCGGACUCGCAACAGCGCAGGCCAACGCGCCAUCGCUCGUUAAUGGCUCAGUGCAGGCGGUUCCUACGCCAUCUGAGUCUCGGCGAGCGAUUGGUCAUGGGCUUUGCAUUGCUGGUCAUGGUGGGGCUGUCCUUGCAUCUGGCGGACAAGCUAGUGCUGGUGAUCAGUGGCAUCUUGUCGGGAAUGGGGCUCGUCUUCCUCACCUAUUCGUGCCCCGGUCGCAACUAGAAGCGCCAACCAAAGCAAUGGAAAUCGCACUAAUCUGGCUGAUGAUCUAUGAUAUAUGUAUGUUCGUUAUGUGUAACCAUGUCCACUUAUUCCUUUACAGAACUCGCCGCCCAAGCGACGCCUCAGCAACAUGUUCAAGCGCAAGUAGGCGUGGUCGCAGUCGCAGUCUUAUACAUAUAUUCCCAUUCGUGUACAUCAAUCGGAACUUGAAUUCUUGACUUAUUAUUUAUGUAAUCAUUUUUUUUUGUACAUCAGGACGUAGAGUUUAGUUUAAGUAUGCAUAUGUUGCAAUGGUACAAUAUCGAGGGCGAACAUAAUAAUGCAAAUAAAAUUGUAUGUACAUAUUGUA